UGGUUCAGGACAACAUGGUAGAAAUGUGAUGGUCCGUAGAUAUGGGGAGAAUCAUUCAAUUUUUUUUUUCCACAAAGCAGUCUUUAUAGAAAAAUUAACAGAGAAAACUGACUUCAUGUAUUUCAAACCUUUUUUCCUUUGGGGAGAGCUAGGCACUAAAAUCGACACUUGAAAUGGGCACGCUUGCGGUAGCUACGCUUCAUCAGGCUCUGAGGAAAAGCUUCACGACUCUUGAAAGCAACCAGAAAGUAUGGAAGAGUGUUUUAGACGAGUGCAGCCCCCUGAUGGUGUCUCUCGGGAAUUUGGCAGAGCAGUCGAGAGCUCUGUCCAACGCGCAGAUCUCCAACACAGCGCUCAGAAGUUUUCCUGACCUGGAGGAAAGGCUGCGCUUUAAGCUCUUACAAGCAACAGAUACAGUGCUGGGAAAACUUAACGAGAAGAUGUCUUCCCUGCAGUCUGUGAGAGAUGCUAUCAGUAACCAGGUUGCUGCGGUCCUUCAGCUGUAUGAGCAGAACAUGCACAGUAUGGAUCUGCUUACAGUAACUGAGCGGUCACCCACUACUCCGUCAGUCGCUGACAUGCUCGAGUGGCUUCAAGAUGCUGAGCGUCACUAUCGACAACAAUUCCUGAGGAGGAAGACUCUGUUUCAGACACUGAGAGCAGAUGACCUCUCUCUUCUGGAAUCUGCUCCCCAAAGAUGGAAAUCUUUGGAGUCUCCCAGUGCAGAGGACCACAUCACAGAUACACUUUGCAAAGUGUCCUUCUUUGUUGAGUCACAGUGAUGAUGGUUAAGGGUUCACCUAAUGAUGAAUCUAACUGCAUUUCUCUGAAGACGAUGAGAAGGAGAUCCGGAAGAAAAACUGAAAGUCAACUGACCGACUGUACACUGAUGUGCAGGAAUGUUACUUGGAUGACGAUGAUGAUGGUGGUAGUGCAGUGGUCAGUUUGCGAGUUCUUCCUGUGCCUGCAAGGGUUCCAUUGGCUUCCUGCCAUAGUACAAAAACAUGUAUGUAAUGAUAAUUAAUGCAUCCAAAUGGACUGUGUGGAUGUGAGGGUGUGAAUAGUUGCCUGUCUCUCUCUGAUGGACUGGCAACCCUACGAUAGGAUGAGCAGUUAAAAAAAAUGGAUGGAUGGACUUAAAUUGCUCCUGGAUCUGUUUGAAGGGGAACCAGAGUGGCCUGGUUC